UCCUUUCUCCUUUCUCCUACCUUCUUCAUACCAAAACUAAUUCCUAGGGUUUCUGAGUGGACCGAAUCAUCCUCACAGGGUCCUGGGAAUUUGUCCGUGUAUUACUGUUCGUGCAGGCUGGACAUCUGAUCUUUAGAACCCUAGCUGCGUGACCUUUUUGGUUUGCAUGGUUACCGACGGACGAUCGGGAAGGCGAUCUUCAAGAACGGGAGAAGAUGAAGCCGAUGAACACUUUGCUGGAUGUUGUCGAGGAAGCGAAAGUUCGAACAGUUUUUUGGGCCAUCUGCGUUUUUGGGAUAUCAUACUUCUUAUCGCAUACAAGCAAAUCAAUGUGGAUGAAUAUCCCUAUAUCAGUUCUUAUCCUUGUUGCCUUCCGCUAUCUAUCAUAUGAGGUAGAGCUCCAUUGGAAGGUGCGGGCAGUCCAGCGACAGACAUACUUGUCACAUUUGGAGAAGAAGCAGUUAUCUGUUGAUGAUCCCCGUCUUUCUCGGGUGACAACUGCAACAAAAUGGAGAGGAAAAAUUGAUUCACCUAUUGUGGAGACUGCCAUAGAUGAUUUUAUUAAUAAAAUUUUACAGGACUUUGUUGUCGAUCUUUGGUAUUCUUCUAUUACCCCUGACAAAGAGGCACCUGAGCUUAUAAGAACAUUAAUUCUAGAUGCGCUUGGUGAAAUAUCGGGAAGGAUUAAACAGAUCAACCUAGUCGAGUUGUUAACAAGGGAUAUGGUUGAUUUGAUAGGAAACCAAUUGGAUCUUUUUAGAAAAAAUCAAUCAAAAAUAGGAACCGAUAUGGGGACUCUUUCUUUUGAAGAAAGAGAUGACAGACUCAAACGCCAGCUGAUGGCUUCUAGAGAACUUCAUCCUGCUUUAGUAUCUCCAGAGUUUGAGCAUAAGGUUCUUCAACAAAUGGUUGGAGGAGUUCUUGCAGUGGUUUUGCGACCACAAGAAGCUCAGUGCUCGUUAGUACGUUGCAUUAGUCGGGAGCUUUUAACAUGUUUGGUCGUACAACCAAUUAUGAGUUUUGCUAGCCCGGUGUACGUUAAUGAACUGAUUGAAUAUAUCUUCCUCUCGAAUAAUGCCAAUGUGGGGACAGAGGUUGUUCCCUACGGGUCAUUGGAGGCAACUUACCCCGCUCAAGCUGAUAAAGUGCUUGAGGCAAAUACUUUGGUUGUUGAGCCUGAACAUAGUAGGACUAUGAGUUCAACUCAUACUGGCGACUUGGUAUUGAGUAAAGCUGAUGGAGUAGCAUCUGGCUUGGAGCAAGGCCACCAAACCAUGUUGCAAGGUCUUUCACCUGCCAUUCAACCUCGGGCAGCAGAAUGGGCCCUUAUACUAGAAGCUGCUACAAAAAGAAGAACUCAAGUUCUCACUCCUGAAAAUCUUGAAAACAUGUGGACGAAAGGAAGAAACUACAAAAAGAAGACUGCGAAGCUUAUGAAAGCUGAAGCUUCUUCAGGAUCUGGUAAGAUUGAUUUAGUCAUCAUGAGCACUGACAUUCCUGCUAGGGGUUCCGGGAAAGAAUUCUCAACCAACACAAACAAAAAUAAUGCAGAUCUUAUCAGGGAAGAAUCUUGUAAGAGCUUUCAUUCCAAUGAUGGGUCUGAAGAAACUACGAGAUCUGUAGACAGUAAUAAUCAGCUUAAAAGAUCUAAUAGCACCCCUGAUAUGGAUACAAGCUUUACUUGCAAGGGUGGUGAGAAUAUUAUCUAUAAGGAUUACUAUGGCUCCAACUUUAGAAAUCACAAGGAAGAGCCGAUUGCUGAACUGGUUUCCCAUGGUGAUGGCUCUUUAUAUGUUCCUAAGCUUAAGUGUCGAGUUGUGGGAGCAUACUUUGAAAAACUCGGAUCAAAUUCCUUUGCAGUUUAUUCGAUUGCUGUAACAGAUGCUGAAAACAAAACGUGGUUUGUAAAAAGAAGAUACCGAAAUUUUGAAAGAUUGCAUCGACAUCUUAAGGAAAUACGUAACUAUUCCUUAUCUUUGCCACCAAAGAGAUUUUUGUCAUCCAGCAUUGAUGAUUACUUUGUUCAUCAACGAUGCAUUCUUCUUGACAAAUAUUUGCAAGAUCUUUUGGCUAUAGCUAAUAUUGCAGAACAACACGAAGUGUGGGACUUUUUAAGUGCUUCAUCAAAGAAUUAUUCCUUCGGAAAAUCUACUUCAGUCAUGAAAACAUUGGCUGUUAAUAUGGACGAUGCCAUGGAUGAUAUAGUUCGUCAAUUUAAACGUAAAGUUGUUGGAUCAUCACCAUCUCAUAUGAAGUCUUCCACACAAGCAGAACAUAGCAUAACCUUACCUUUGAAUGAAGGAGAUACAAAGAAGAUGAGUCCGACAUACAGCAAUAUGGAAACUUAUCAGAGUGUCUCUGACGAUGAUGCACAUGAUGAAGAUCAGUCUUCUACUUUAGAUAGUGGGUGGCACUCAGACAAUGAAUUGAAAGGUCUUCCACCACGGAUCAUUAAGCGCAAAGAGGAAUCUAAUAGUUUGGUGUUUGAGAAAAGUGAACAAUCAGAGCAGUUCAAGAGGAUAAGACUUGAUACUUUCUCAACCUCUAAUAAUUUGGUUGCUUCUGAUACCAUGGAAGAUUUGGCUCAAGUACCACCUGAGUGGACACCCCCUAAUGUCAGCGUGCCGCUAUUGAAUUUAGUUGAUAACAUAUUCCAACUAAAUCGGAGAGGAUGGUUAAGGAGACAGGUCCUCUGGAUUUCAAAACAGGUUUUGCAGCUAAUAAUGGAAGAUGCUAUUGAUGACUGGAUAUUAAGGCAAAUCCAUUGGCUGCGUAAAGAUGAAGUUAUUGCGCAUGGGAUCCAUUGGGUCCAAGAUAUCCUUUGGCCUAAUGGCACGUUCUUUAUAAAGUUUGGGAGCUCACAGGAAAAAGCAAAUGGAAACUACUUCAAUCAGAAAUCGACUCUAAAUAGGAGCCAGCGGUACAGUGAUAAAGUUGGUGGGCCUAGCUCUUUUGAGUUCCAGCUUGAAGCAACUCGCAGAGCAAGUGAUGUGAAGAAGAUGAUUCUUGGUGGAGCUCCAACAGCACUGGUCAGCCUGAUUGGACAUCGCCAGUAUAGACGUUGUGCAAAAGAUGUGUACUAUUUUCUCCAGUCCUCAGUCUGUUUGAAGCAACUUGGAUAUAGCAUGCUGGAACUGGUGAUAGUAUCAAUAUUCCCAGAGAUGCGAGACUUGAUUAUAGAAAUACAUCAAAAGCAAUUUUGAUUUCUCUUUUUCUUGCCUGCAAAUAUUUUGUGAACUCCAGCAUCCUGACGGUUUGGAGGAGGUUUCAGUGUACAAAACUUCUGAAAGUGAACGUUCAUAGCUGGUAAAUCACUUCCGUUACUGCUGGUAAUAUGCAACCUUAAUGGCUUGUCAGUUUGUUGGUGAUCAUUGUUGUGGAGGUAUUUCUGUAAAUUUUGUUAAAUCUGUAUAGUCGUACAAGACAUUUCUUCUUCUUACAAUCACAUUUAAGCAUAGGGUGUUGCUGGAUGAACAUGGCAACAAGGUUUAUUUGAUAAGAUCCAUUCUUUCCAUCGUGUAGAAAUUACUUGUUCUACAUCCUUUUUUCCUGGCUUCCUAUUUUUAACUUAAAUAUAAAUAAUGUAACUAUUUGGUU